AUGAAAUGGCCCAGCCCACAGUUAUACUCAAGUUCGAGCUCGAUAGUGGACGCAGCUUAUGAUGGAUCCGGUACCGAGGACGACCCCUACAUCGUUGACUGGUUACUACCCGACCAACAGAAUCCUGCAACGUUCACAGCGAUUCGCAAAUGGAGUCUGACCUCACUCACCUCGAUAUCUGCCCUUGCAGUCGCAUUUUGCUCUUCUGCUUAUAGCGGAGGUAGUAGAGGCAUUAUGUCUGAAUUCGGAUCAUCACAGGAAGCCGUUGUUCUCGGGCUCUCCAUGUUUGUCCUAGGACUAGCUGUUGGACCUUUGGCCUGGGGACCUGUGAGUGAGCUCUACGGUCGACAAUAUGUGUUCGUAUCAUCCUAUGCUAUGCUUACUGUUUUUAACAUCGCCGUUGCGGUAGCUCCGAACACAGUCAGCCUUAUUACUUUCCGCUUCCUUGCUGGGGCUUUUGGCUCCUCGUACCAAACAAACGCUGGAGGCGUGAUUUCAGAUAUGUUCGAUGCCAGCGAACGAGGACUUGCCCUCUCGCUGUUUGCCGCAGCUCCAUUUUUAGGUCCCGUUCUUGGUCCAAUAGUUAGCGGCUUCAUAAACCAAAACCUAGGAUGGCGCUGGGUCCAGGGUGUUAUGGCAGCGUUCAAUGGUGCUGUCUGGAUCUCAGGCACCUUGCUCAUCCCAGAGACGUACGCACCGACUUUACUGCAACGCAGGGCUGCCAGUCUUUCGAGACUUACGGGCUUGCGUUACGUGAGCAGAUUUGAGAUCACGAACGGGAGGAUUGAGGCCAAGCAAGCUUUCAAGAAAGCUUUGUGUCGACCGUGGGUUUUGCUGUUCCAAGAGCCGAUUGUGCUUCUGCUUUCCAUCUACGUUGCUAUCCUAUACGGUAUACUCUACAUGUUAUUUCCUGCGUUCCCAAUCGUCUAUCAGGAAGCACGCGGUUGGUCAGACAGCACUGGUGGCCUGGCUUUCAUAGGUCUCGCUGUGGGAAUGGUGAUAUCAGUCGGUUAUUCCAUCCUAGAGAACCGACGUUACAACGGGCUUCUGAGAUUGGCCUCUGAAAGUCGAGUUGAGCCAGAGACACGGUUGCCCGCUGGCAUUGUGGGUGCAGUCGCCAUUCCGAUUGGACUCUUUUGGUUCGCUUGGACAAACAGUGCAAGUGAGCACUGGCUCAUCAGCAUCGCUGCGAGUAUCCCGCUAGGGUUCGGCGUUGUGCUUGUCAUUCUGGCUGUGGUGAACUACCUCAUCGACUCAUACACAGCCUUCGCCGCAUCAGUGCUUGCCGCGAAUGCUGUUUUACGCUCUAUCUUUGGGGCGGCGUUCCCUCUAUUCACCGCCAAGAUGUACGACAGUCUCGGCGUGCACUGGGCAUCAUCAAUACCUGCUUUUUUGGCGCUGGCGUGUCUUCCAUUCAUGGUCAUUUUCUACAUAUAUGGCUCCACUAUCCGUGCCCGAGGCAGAUUUGCAUCUGAAGCUGCGAAACUAUCACAAGGGCAACUACAGAGGGACAGAUCAUCUUUGGGGAGCGAAGAAGCUCGACAAGCCUGA